UAAGGGAGUCAGCUGACAACCGGUGACUUGGCAAAGCGUGGGGGCGGCAUCACAUCCCCACUGACAGGAGUGUGGCAGGAGGUGCAGGGCUCACAGUGGCAGGUGGAACGGUGGCAGCUGGACGCACAGGCUUUCUCCUCUGAAGCUUUACUGCAUUCUCCAAUCAUGGCAGUUCCAGACAACCUUACCAAAAUUUUCAAGUAUGUUGAUGACAACAAGACACGCUUUAUUGAUGUGCUGCGAGAGGCAGUAGCUAUAGAGUCAGUUUCUGCUUGGCCACAUAAGCGGGGCGAGAUACAGAAGCAGAUGGAAUGGGCCAAGACAAGGCUGGAGGCUCUCGGUGCCAAGUGUCAGCUGCAUGACAUUGGCCUUCAGACUCAACCGAAUGGAAGCAAGAUUCCACUACCACCUGUUCUCUUUGGCCAGCUGGGUACUGAUCCCAAGAAAAAAACACUGUGCGUCUAUGGUCAUCUGGAUGUACAACCUGCACUACUGGAGGAUGGUUGGAGUACUGAGCCUUUUGUCUUGACUGAGAAAAAUGGAAAGCUAUAUGGUCGUGGUUCAUCUGACGACAAAGGUCCAGUCAUAGGCUGGAUACAUGCAGUUGAAGCAUACCAGAAGACAGGCCAGACAGUUCCAGUCAACAUUAAGUUUGUGUUUGAGGGCAUGGAAGAAUCAGGCUCUGAAGGUCUUGAAGAUCUUCUUAAAGCACAAAAAGACAAAUUUUUGGCUGGAACCGACUAUGUUUGCAUCUCUGACAACUACUGGUUAGGCAAGAGCAAGCCCUGCAUCACUUAUGGUCUACGUGGUAUCUGCUACUUCUGCAUUGAGAUUGAAUGCUGUACCAAGGACUUGCAUUCAGGUGUGUUUGGAGGAACUGUGCAUGAGGCCAUGGCCGACCUUGUCUACUUAAUGAACACACUCCUGGAUAAUAAGGGCAACAUUCAGAUUCCUGGCAUAAUGGAUGAAGUAGUACCAGUAACAGCUGAAGAAGAAAAACUGUAUAAGAAUAUUGAUUUUGAUGUGGAAGACUAUCGUAAUGACCUGGGACACGGGCGACUGGUUCAUGGCAAGGACAAGAUUAAGACUUUGAUGGCAAGGUGGAGGAACCCUUCCCUCUCUCUUCAUGGUAUUGAGGGAGCAUUCAGUGAGCCUGGAGCUAAAACAGUCAUCCCCAAAAGGGUCAUUGGUAAAUUUAGUAUUCGCAUUGUUCCUAACCAGACCCCCGAGUCUGUCUCAAAGGUGACCAUUGACUACCUAAACAAGCAAUGGCAAAAGCGCAACAGUCCAAACAAGAUGAAGGUAAUAGAGCUGGAGGGCAGUUCUCCAGCUUGGAGUGCAGAUCCAAGCCAUGGUAACUUCCAGGCUGGCAGGAGAGCCACUCAGUUAGUAUAUGGGGUUGAGCCAGACCUCACCAGAGAAGGUGGCUCAAUUCCUAUUACAAUAAAUCUCCAGGAGGUGACUGGAAAGAAUGUGAUGCUGCUGCCCAUGGGAGCUUGUGAUGAUGGAGCUCACUCCCAGAAUGAGAAGAUCGACAUAAGGAACUACAUUGAGGGGACAAAACUUUUGGCUGCAUACAUACAUGAGGUAGCCCAACUGUAACCAGUUAUCACUGCUUCCCACAUCUCCAGUAAAGGUGGUCAUUACAGUUCUAACUAAAAUAUGAUGUCUCUACUAAUAGGAAUUUAUAAUUUAUUUGAUUUAGAUGUAAUGCAGAAUUUUUUCUGACAUACUUUUGGGGAGAGAAUUGACACCUAUUGUAAUCUAAAUAAUGUUGUAAUGCUUCAGCUUAUCAAAGUAUCAAACUUUAAAGUACAAAAAUCUUUGAGUUCCUGAUUGCCACAUCAAUUGGUAGCAGGUCUUUAGGAGAGAGUUCCCACCACUACUAUCCUGAAAUAGUUUUUGAGGAGUAAAUUUUGUAAGUACACCCUGUAUAGUUGAGGAUUUUGACAUUUAAAAUUGUUUCUUUUAAAACCAGUAUAAUUUCUCAAUGGAAAUACAGUACCAUUUCCAUAAAGUAAAUCAAUGUUUAUAAAGGAGGGGUGACCCUUUAAUAAUUUUAA